ACAGAACAUUUGGUGAGAUACAGUUCAAAGCAAGACCUUGGUUAUAUGUUAAAGUUGGGUCUACAAGUAUUGAUCUUAAAACUGUACAGCUUCAAAGUUCAAAUCUGAACAUUAAAACAGAUGUCAAGGCCAGUGAUGCUUUCAAGUGUAAAGUUGUAAUUGCUUUAAGCUGUGUACACUUUCUUGUAAAAAUGGACAACACAGUGGAGGACAUUGACGAGGUGUUGUCUUCAACGUUAGGGGCCCUGUACGGGCGAGCAACACCAGCAGUGGUGAGACAAGCGUGGGAGGUCCUCAACAACAACUACGGCGAUGAUGUGGACAGGUUUAAAACUGAGUUCCUCAACCCUGUUCUGGAGUUACUACACACCAUACUGGAGGUAGGGCACUUCUACUUCUCUCACAGUUUAAAUAGAUUCACAAAUGUAACAAAAACAGUGUUCCAGUAUGGUCUUAAUAGCAAUUUGCUUUUGUUGGAGGCAAGGAAUGUGAACACCAAAUAA